AUGGAUGACUAUCUUUUAUAUCGAGAGAAUGAAUCUGAGGAAGGUUGGUCUGAUCAACUAGAGGAUGACCAAGUUACCUUGUUAGCCGUGCAUAGAAGGGGAGAUAGACGUCCUGGACAUCGCUUGGAUAGAGGGAGAGGUCGUGGAAUACAACACAAUUAUCAGAGGAGAGCUCCGAGAGAAGAGGCUCAAGUUGAUCGUAAUCUAGGGAGCAUCAAAUUGAAGAUUCAAAAGUUCUUUGGCAAGACUGAUCCAGAAGAAUAUCUCCAAUGGGAGAAUGAGGUGGAGUCGGUAUUUGUGUGCCAUAAUUUCAGUGAAGAAAAGAAGAUACAACUAUUUGUCGCUCGAUUUAAGCAAUAUGCACAAACAUGGUGGGAUAAGCUAAUGUCUCGUAGAAGAAGAAAUCUUGAAGCACCAAUUGUUUCCUGGUACGAGUUCAAUGAGUCUUUGAAGGAGCGGUUUGUUCCAAAACAUUUUGAAAGGGACAUGGCACAAAAAUUGCAAGCGUUGAGACAAGGAAACAAGUCAGUGGAGGACUAUUACAAGGAGAUAGACACUUUGAUGGAUCGAAUUGAUCUAGAUGAGGACAUGAAGCAACUCAUGGCGCGAUUUCUUAAUGACCUAAACAAGGAGAUUGCUGACAAGGUUGAUCUACAACCUUACUUUGACAUUGAGGAGAUGUUGCAUUUAGCAAUCAAGAUCGAGAGACAAAUCCAACGGAAGUCCCAACGGUAUUCUUCUAAACAAUUUUCCAACUCUAGUGCUACAUGGAAAAAGGAUAGUAAGAAUAGUGAUGUUUAUCCUGGAAAUGGAGAGGAGAAUGAGAAACCUAAGAGUAAAAUUGAGAAAGGGGAGAGUUCAAUGAAGGGGAAAGAGAAGGUAGAUGAACAUAAGGAGAGAACUAGGGAUAUUAAAUGCUGGAAAUGUCACGGGGUAGGGCAUGUAAGUAGAGAUUGUCCAAACAAAAGAACAAUGAUCAUAAAAAAUGGAGAGGUAGUAACUAAGGGUGAAGAAAGCGAAAAUGAGGAGAGGAAGGGAGACAUAGUUUAUUCGGAGGAGUCUAGUGAUGGUAGCUAUGAAGAACCAGUAGUAGGGGAUGUGCUUGUAUCUAGAAGAGCUUUAAAUACCCUAAUUAAAGAGGACCUCGUCGAAGAGCAAAGGGAAACAUUGUUUCAUACCCGAUGUCAUGUGAAUGGUAAGGCCUGUAGUGUGAUGAUUGAUGGGGGAAGUUGUACUAAUGUUGUGAAUACAUUACUUAUCAAACGAUUGGGAUUGCCUACAACAGCACAUCCUAGACCAUACAAACUUCAAUUGUUGAACAAUUGUGGGGAAGUUAGAGUUAAUAGACAAUGCAUUGUGCCAUUUUCUAUUGGAAGAUAUAAAGAUGAUGUUCUAUGUGAUGUUGCACCCAUGCAUGCUGGAGAAAUUCUUUUGGAAAAACCAUGGCAAUUCGAUAGAAAAACUGUGCAUGAUGGUUAUCUUAAUCACUACAAAUUCACCAAGGAUGGGCGAAAGAUAAUUCUUCUUCCUUUGUCAACCAAGGAUGUAUUUGAAGAGCAAUGUAAGUUAGAGAAAAUGAGAGUGGAGGCCGAGUAA